GGAAGCUGAUUCUGAUAUUCGUUAGCCGCAGUCAGGCUAGACUUUCGGAGAAUUCUGUUCUGCCGAGUUAACUUUAUUCUCUCUUCGUCCGAAGGGGAGUGAAAUGGGGUAUACCCCGAAAAUAAACCCGUUCGUUUGGUUGUGCAUUUUAAUAAUUUCGUCUGUUCAGUGGGUGUGCGCCCAGCAGUGUGUGUGGUAUGGAGAGUGUGGUGAGUCUACGAGUGUGCCAGGAAAGAGGUACAACUGCAACUACACGGGGCCGCCCAUCCCUCUAUCAGAGGAGGGGCAUGAACUGAUGAUGGACCUGUGUCCGGGGUAUGACUACGGCAAUAAGAGCCUUUGCUGUGAUGUGCAGCAGCUCCAGACCUUACAGCGCAGUCUUCAGUUGCCUCUCCAGUUCCUCUCCCGGUGCCCAACUUGCUUCUACAACCUCAUGAAUCUGUUUUGUGAGCUAACAUGCAGCCCACACCAGAGCCAGUUCCUCAAAGCCACAAGUUUCUCACCCGAUGAGGAGCACAACAAAACCAACGUGGAGGAGGUGCAGUAUUACAUUGGACAGACUUUCACCAACGCCAUGUACAACGCUUGUAAAGAUGUACAGGCUCCCUCCAGCAAUGUGAAGGCCCUGUCGCUCCUGUGCGGGAAAGAUGCAAAGGACUGCAACGCCACCAAUUGGAUCCAGUACAUGUUCGACAUCAAAAACGGCCAGGCCCCCUUCUCUAUCAUUCCCUUCUUCACAGAUGUCCCUGUGGCCAACAUGACGCCGAUGACCAAUGCCACUCGCGGGUGUAAUGAGUCCCUGGAUGACUCGGGGCCGUGCUCCUGUCAGGACUGCACCCUGAUGUGUGGGCCCCAGCCAGUGCCACCCCCCCUGACGCCUCCAUGGACCAUCCUGGGCCUGGACGCCAUGGUGGUCAUCAUGUGGAUCUCCUACGUGGCCUUCCUCCUCGUCUUCAUGGGCGGGGUCCUCGGAACCUGGUGCUACAGGAAGAGGACGGUCCUCUCUGAAUAUGGGCCCAUACUGGAUAGCAACAUCGCUCAUUCUCUGAACAGUGGCAUCGAUGACCAAGGUGAGGCGACCUGCUGCGAGACGCUGGGUGAGCGAUUCGAGAAUGCGAUGAGGCUACUGUUCAGCCGGUGGGGCUCCUUAUGCGUACGCAACCCCCUGCCCGUGGUAAUGAGCACCCUGGUCCUGGUGACGGCCUGCUCCGUAGGCCUGGCCUACAUGCGCAUCACCACAAACCCCGUGGACCUCUGGUCUUCCCCUGGCAGCCAGGCUCACCGGGACAAGGACUACUUCGACACCCAUUUUGGGCCCUUCUUCCGUACGGAACAGCUCAUCAUAACCACCACCCUGGACUUGCCCUUCAACUUCUCGCCUUACUUUGGGGGCCCGGACGUCCCCUUUGGGGCAGUCCUGGACAAAGGUGUCCUGCACCAGGUGCUGGAUCUUCAGGACGCUGUUGAAAACCUUGAGGCUUCUUACGGGGGUGAGAUUGUGAAGCUGAAGGACAUCUGUCUGGCCCCCCUGGCGCCCUACAAUGACAACUGCACCAUCCUGAGCGUCCUCAACUACUUCCAGAACAGCCAUGCCGUGCUGGACCACUGGAAAGGAGAUGACUUCUUCACCUACGCUGACUUCCACUCUCACUUCCUCUACUGCGUCAGUGCUCCAGCAUCUCUAAAUGACACCGGAAUGCUUCAUGACCCCUGUCUGGGCACGUACGGGGGUCCCAUCUUCCCCUGGCUGGUCCUUGGAGGUUAUGAUGGAACGAACUACAACAAUGCGACCGCACUGGUGAUCACCUUUCCUGUCAACAAUUACCACAAUGAUUCAGAAAAGCUUGGCAAAGCCCUGGCCUGGGAAACAGAGUUUGUUGAGUUUAUGAAGAACUACAGCAACCCCAACCUGACGAUCGCCUUCAGCUCGGAGCGGAGCAUCGAGGACGAGAUCAACCGCGAGAGCAACAGCGACAUCAGCACCAUCGCCGGCAGCUACGCCAUAAUGUUCAUCUACAUCUCUCUGGCGCUGGGCCACAUCCGCAGCCUGCGGCGCCUCCCGGUGGACUCCAAGAUCUCUCUAGGCAUCGCGGGCAUAAUCAUCGUGCUGAGCUCCGUGUCCUGCUCCCUGGGCAUCUUCAGCUACGCUGGUAUCCCCCUCACCCUCAUCGUCAUCGAGGUUAUCCCUUUCCUGGUGCUGGCGGUGGGCGUCGACAACAUCUUCAUCAUCGUGCAGACUUACGAGAGGGACGAGCGCAUGCCGCAGGAGACGCUGGACCAGCAGAUCGGGAGGAUUCUGGGGGAUGUGGCGCCCAGCAUGUUCCUGUCCUCCCUCUCCGAGACCGUGGCCUUCUUCCUGGGGGCCCUGUCUAACAUGCCGGCUGUGAGGACCUUCUCCCUCUUCGCCGGCCUGGCGGUCUUCAUCGACUUCCUGCUGCAGAUCAGCUGCUUUGUAAGCCUGCUGGGAUUGGACAUCAAGAGGCAGGAGGCAAACCGGCUGGACAUCUUGUGCUGCGUGGCUCUCCCAGAGGGACAGGAACAGAAGACCGAUGGGUGUCUCUACUGGUUUUUCAAGAAGAUCUACGCCCCCUUCAUACUGAAAGAGUGGGUGAGGCCCAUUGUGGUGGCUGUGUUUGUGGCAAUGCUGUCCUUCAGUAUAGCUGUGACAAAUAAAGUGGAGAUCGGGCUGGACCAGACGCUCUCCAUGCCUGAUGACUCCUUCGUGCUGAAAUAUUUCACAAACCUGAGCACUUACCUGCACACGGGCGCCCCCGUUUACUUUGUGGUGGAGGACGGCCAUGACUACCGAACCCUGGAGGGCCAGAACAGCGUGUGCGGGGGCGUCGGCUGCUACAACGACUCUCUGGUCCAGCAGGUCUACGCAGCUUCCCAAAUCAGCAACUACACCAGAAUAGGCUUCACCCCAUCCUCCUGGCUGGAUGACUACUUUGACUGGGUAAAGCCCCAGUCCACAUGCUGCCGGUACUACAACUCCACAGGAGCCUUCUGCAAUGCCUCAGUGGUGGAUAAGUCGUGUGUGCACUGUCGUCCGCUGACUCCUGAAGGCAAGCUGAGGCCGGAGGGAGAAGACUUCAUGAAGUUUCUGCCCAUGUUCCUGUCUGACAACCCCAACCCCAAGUGCGGGAAAGGGGGUCACGCAGCCUACAGCUCGGGUGUGGACUUGACCAAAAACAACACUGAUGUUGGCGCCACCUACUUCAUGACCUACCACACGAUCCUGAAGACCUCUGCUGACUUCAUCGCAGCCAUGAAGAUGUCCCGCGAGCUGGCUGACAACAUCACCCACACCAUGAGUCUACAGGGAAAGAGCAGCCGCGUCUUCCCUUACAGUGUGUUUUAUGUGUUCUACGAGCAGUACCUCACCAUUGCCUACGACACCGCCUUCAACCUGGGCAUGUCAUUGGCAGCCAUCUUUGUGGUGUCCACUGUCCUGCUAGGCUUUGAGAUGUGGUCGGCCCUGCUGGUCAGCUUGACCAUCGCCAUGAUACUGGUCAACAUGUUUGGGCUCAUGUGGCUGUGGAACAUCAGCCUCAACGCUGUGUCCCUGGUCAACCUGGUCAUGAGCUGCGGAAUCUCGGUGGAGUUCUGCAGUCACAUCGUGCGGGCCUUCUCUGUCAGCACCAGGGCCAGCCGGGUGGAGAGAGCAGAGGAGGCGCUGGCCCACAUGGGCAGCUCGGUGUUCAGCGGGAUCACCCUUACGAAGUUCGGAGGUAUCCUCAUCCUGGCCCUGUCCAAGUCCCAGAUCUUCCAGAUUUUCUAUUUCCGGAUGUACCUGGCCAUUGUGCUGCUGGGAGCCACCCACGGCCUCAUCUUUCUGCCCGUGCUGCUGAGUUACGCAGGUCCCUCUGUAAACAAAGCCAAGGUGAUGGCGGCCAACAAGCGGUUUGCCGGCACAGAGAGAGAGCGACUCCUGAACUUCUAGCCAUGGUGUGGCCAGGCCGGACUCUUGAUUGGUCACGUGUCGAGUGAGAGGCGGCUCAGAAACAGCACUGGUCUUUUCCAUGACGGCGUUGGCACGCUUUUGUGGAAACCCCAAAACGGAAAGCAACUUCCUAACCACUCAGGAAACCCCACACCAGCACACUGGAGCUCGCAGGGCUUGACGGGUUUUUCGGGACAACACUAAGCACACCCAGCUGCAUGACGCUCCACUUUGGUUUCCAUUUUUUCCUUUAAACAUGAAGUAACCUGUGACUGGGAGAAACAUCACCACUGUGAGCUGCUUGUACUUCACCUGUAUUUAGGGAAGAGGCAAGGCUAAAUACUCCGUCAAAACGAACAGUGGGCUUUGUGGUAGAGAGAUGUGUAAAAAAAAUUUACAUCUUUAUUUUUUUGGUAAAGUUACAGAUUUUUGCACAGUUUCUAUUGAUAAUUGAUAACAUUAAGGGAUGCAAGACAUGCAGGCUCACAAUUUUGUUAAUAUAGCCAGGUUAAGGCUUUCUCUUUUAACCUCACUUGAAAUAAACUAAAUCCAAGAUGUGGUGUUCCCCUACAGGAAAAUUGGAAUUGCAGAACUGGACUGGAAUUUAACUGGAGUGCUCUUGUAAAAUAGUCAAACUGUGUAGGAAAGUAUGAGACAAAAUAUUAUAUCCUACAUUCAGCUCUGCUUUUAUUAUAAAUGGGCUCUUCAAACAAGUGCCCACAAGGGUUCACAUCAGUGAACAUGGACAUGGCUUCACAGAUUCACGUCAGUGUGCAGGAUAAUUACCUCUGAUGUCAACAAAACAUGGCUAGACCUUACUCAUAUUUAUGUUGUUGUUUUUUUUAUGUUAUGUUAUAUCCAGUUGAAUGAACAGAAUAGGAUACCAUGGGAAAGAUCAGAUAGUGGCGGCCUGUAGCGUAGUGGUUAAGGUACAUGACUGGGACCCACAACGUUGGUGGUUCGAUCCCCGCUGUAGCCACAAUAAGAUCCGCACAACCGUUGGGCCCUUGAGCUAGGCCCUUAACUCUGCAUUGCUCCAGGAGGAUUGUCUCCUGCUUAGUCUAAUCAGCUGUAAGUCGCUUUGGAUAAAAGCGUCAGCCAAAUUACGUAAUGUGAUGUAAUCCACAAUUCCAGUUGGUCCAGUGUGGCCACUAGUCUCUAGCAUGCAGUACAUUCAGCCAGCAUUCCACUAGGUGAAUGCAGCCAGUAGUUGUUUUGCUAUGGGAUUAGUAUCUACUGUAUAGUGAUGCGGCAGGGAUUUCAGGGAUGAUCAAUUCAAUGUUCAGUGGAAUCCAUUUUGAAGAGAGAACCUACCAGUGGAAAUGGUAUACUUACAUGUGAAACAUGUUUUGUUGAACCCUCAUGUAAUGCAAAAAACAAAACUGGGAAAAAAAAUAGUUUUAUCCAUUUUAAAUGUAACAUUUGCAAUUUGAAUGUCAAACUGGUGUUGUUGGAUGCAUACACCUCCCCAGUUUGACUUCUUUUCUUUCUUUUUUUUUUCAAAUAAAAUAACUACUAAUA